GCCGCCUCCCCCUUUCCUCUCUCUGUCUUCCUCACCCACCCCCUUUCUCUCCGUCUCCCUGGUCCCCGCACCUCCAGUCUGCUUCUGUUGUCUCGGCGGACUGUUGGGCUGUGGGAGAGAAAGGAUAUCGCGAGUAUUGGAGUUUUGGUGAGAGUUUGUGGAAGAUGGCGCCUGUUGUGACAGGGAAGUUCGGGGAGCGGCCUCAGCCACUGCGCCUAACGAGAGAAGCGAUGAGGAACUACCUGAAGGAGCGAGGGGACCAAACCGUCAUGAUCCUGCACGCAAAAGUUGCACAGAAGUCCUACGGCAAUGAGAAGAGGUUCUUCUGCCCCCCUCCCUGCGUUUACCUGAUGGGUAGCGGCUGGAAGAAAAAGAAGGAGCAGAUGGAGCGGGACGGCUGCUCCGAGCAGGAGUCGCAGCCCUGCGCCUUCAUCGGCAUCGGCAACAGCGACCAAGAAAUGCAGCAGCUUAAUUUAGAGGGAAAGAACUAUUGCACAGCCAAAACCUUGUACAUAUCCGACUCCGACAAGAGAAAGCACUUCAUGUUGUCCGUCAAGAUGUUCUACGGCAACAGCGCCGACAUCGGCGUCUUCCUCAGCAAGAGGAUCAAAGUCAUCUCCAAGCCCUCCAAAAAGAAGCAGUCGCUGAAAAACGCCGACCUGUGCAUCGCGUCGGGGACCAAGGUGGCGCUCUUCAACCGGCUUCGCUCCCAAACGGUCAGCACGCGCUACCUACACGUGGAGGGCGGCAACUUCCACGCCAGCUCCCAGCAGUGGGGCGCCUUCUACAUCCACCUGCUGGAUGACGAGGAGUCAGAAGGGGAAGAGUUCACUGUGAGAGACGGUUACAUCCACUACGGCCAGACGGUGAAGCUGGUGUGCUCCGUCACUGGCAUGGCAGGACCCUUUCAGAUCAUCCGUAAAGUGGACAAGCAGACGGCGCUGCUGGACGCCGACGACCCCGUCUCCCAGCUCCACAAGUGUGCCUUCUACCUGAAGGACACGGAGCGCAUGUACCUGUGCCUUUCCCAGGAGAGGAUCAUCCAGUUUCAAGCCACUCCAUGCCCAAAGGAACCAAACAAGGAGAUGAUCAACGACGGCGCCUCCUGGACAAUCAUCAGCACGGACAAGGCUGAAUACACCUUCUACGAGGGCAUGGGCCCCGUGCACUCGCCUGUCACCCCCGUGCCUGUGGUAGAGAGCUUGCAGCUGAACGGCGGCGGCGACGUGGCCAUGCUGGAGCUGACGGGACAGAACUUCACUCCAAACCUGCGGGUCUGGUUCGGAGACGUCGAGGCGGAGACCAUGUACAGGUGUGCGGAGAGCAUGCUGUGCGUGGUGCCCGACAUCUCGGCCUUCCGCGAGGGCUGGCGCUGGGUGCGGCAGCCCGUCCAGGUGCCCGUCACGCUGGUCCGGAACGACGGCAUCAUCUACUCCACCACGCUGACCUUCACCUACACGCCGGAGCCCGGGCCGCGCCCCCACUGCAGCGCCGCCGGCGCCAUCCUGCGGGCCGGCAACUCCAGCCUGCUCAGCAACAACAGCCAGGAGGCCGGCGGCGUGUACGGCCCCAACAGCACCUCCGGGGGCGGGGUCACGUCCUCGUCCUCCGCCGCCGCCGUGGUCUCCUAACGCACGCCGGGGGGGGGGGGGGGGGGGAGGGGAGGGCCCGCCCACUCCAUACUAUAUGCCUUGAGAGAGCGAAUGUAACCACAAGGUAUACAAAGACAACGAGGGGGGAGGAAACACAAAGACUGACUCACUCUAAAGUGCUGCGUAUUCAUUUUUUGGGGGGGUACAAAAAAAGUGGAGGGAUGAAAAACAAAGGGCAAGCGAGGGAAAUCAGGAGGAGGAGCGACAUCGCGGCGCCGUCAGCCAACCAGAGAGUAAGCGAUUACGGUGCUCCGUGACCCCCCCCCCCCCCCCCCCCACCUCCUCUCCCUCUCGGCCCCGGUUACCUUAGGGUCCAGCCUACCCAGUCCCGGCGUUCGGAACGAGGGACACCCCCCCCCCCUCCCCCCACAACCAACCCCGCCGCCUUUCUGCGGCCGCCAGAAACGGGAACCACGACAACAAUACAUCCACCGUGUGCUAAACGGAACAAAGUCUCCGCCCCCCCCCCCCCCCCAUACCCCCCUCCACUUGUUUCAAUAAUUAUUCCCUCUUUGAUCUGCGGUGUGUCGCUGUGGGAGGGACACAUCGAACGUGACAUAACAUAGUUUUUAUGGACCAAGGAUCUUGUAUAAGCUUUAGUAAAGGUACAUUUUUCUCCAUACCUUUUUUGUAUUAACAUAUAGUACACUUUUGUUACCAAAUACUUUCUAUUCUUCCUCUGAGCCCCCCCAUCCCCCUUUUGCCCCCCC